AUGGCAAACUUUUUUAAUAUAAAAAAGUCCAAAGAAGAAAAUGUGGCACAGCCAAAAUUAGUAACAAAAGCUAUAAUAUCAUCAAAUUUUAUUAAUAAAUUACCAAAAUAUGAAGACAAAAGAACAAUAAUAUAUUAUUGGGGAAAGAGGGUAAUAAAUGAAAAUGAUGGGACACCCGAGCAUUUACCAACAAUAUAUACAGAAUUAAGUAAUGUAAAAAUUAAUGAAAUUAGCUGUAAUAAAACAUGUGCUUUAUUUUUAAGUAAUAUUGGGAACAUGUAUUCUUUUGGUAAAGGAUUACAUGGGGAAUUAGGACAGGGGCAUUUAAUUGUAUAUAACAUGCAACCAACAUUAAUUGAUUCAGUAACUAAUAUAAAACAAAUUGCUUGUGGCUAUAACCACUCCCUUUGUUUAUCUAAAGAUAAUGUUCUUUAUUCAUGGGGACAUGGAAAUUAUAAUGGGCUAAAAUGCAAUUAUGAUAAAUUUGUUCCUACUGUUUUAAAUAUUAUUAAUAAUGGAGAUGCUAUUGAAACAACACAAAAUUUUUUAUCUCAUUUAAUAACUGAUUAUGAAAAAAGUGAAAAAAAAAAAAAAAAAUGCACACAAAUAUAUGCAAAGUACAAUCAAAGCAUAGCAGUAUGCGAUAAUAACACUUCUAUGUAUAUAUGGGGAGAAACAUAUAAUAAUUAUUUGAAAUACAUGCCUACAUUUUUUUAUAAAUUUGAAUCAUAUCAAAUCAAACAAAUAGCAAUGGGAAAAAAUUUUGGAAUUUUAUUAUUAACAAAUGGAGAAUUAUAUGGAUGGGGAGAUGGAACUUAUGGCGAAUUAGGCCGACGCUCUUUUGAUGAUGAAGAAGGAUAUUAUUUUAUAUAUCCUGAACAAUUAAUAUUAAGAGAUGCUAAUAAUAAAAAAUUGCCUAAUAUUAGUAAAAUAAGUGCUGGAGCAAGGCAUGCUUUAUUAAUAACGGAAGAUGAAAAUGUAUGGUCUUUUGGGGAUAAGCUUUCAGGACAAUGUGGAGUUUCUGGAUUUCAAAAUAUUGUUGGUACACCUAAAUUUGUUGAGUUACAUGAAAAUAAUCAAAAAGCAAAAAAGAUUUUUUGUGGGGAACGACAUUCUGGGUGCAUUAACAAAUUAAAUCAGCUUUAUAUGUGGGGUCAUUCUGCUCAUCAUAAAUUAAUUUUUACAGCUAGCUCCGAUUUUUUAUUAAACCAAAAUGCCCAACCUGGUAUUUCUAUACAAUCAGGUUUAAAGAGUAAAUUUAGCAAAGCAACAUUAAUUUAUUCGAUGUUACAUCAAAAAGUUACUAAUGCAUAUUUAGGUGAGGAUUUUACUAUUGUAGUUGUUGGAGGAGAAGUGACUAAAAAUAAAAAAAAUGGAGACCAACAUUCUGACAAAACAUUUUAUUCUAUUCAGGAGGACAUCACAUAUGUAUCAACCUAA